GGACCGGACCGGACGGGACGGGCCGGGACCAUGUGCGAGGCGGCGGGGGACGGCGGAGGGUGCGGAGCGGACAUGGGGCCGGCGCGGCGCCGCCGGGGCGAGGGACAGAGCCACCCGCGGACCUGCAUGAAGUGCGGGAAGGGCUCCGCCGCACUCAUCAUCCGCGUCGGGGACCCCUUCUGCCGCAACUGCUUCCACGAGUACUUCGUGCACAAGUUCCGCGCGAUGCUGGGCAAGAACCGCAUCAUCUUCCCGGGAGAGAAGGUGCUGCUGGCGGUGUCGGGGGGCCCAGCCUCCAGUGCCAUGCUCCGGCAGGUCCAGGAGGGGCUCAGCCGGGAGACAGCCAAGAAGCUCCGCUUCAUCCCUGGUGUCGUCUACGUUGAUGAGGGAGCGGUGCGUGGGCAGAGCCCGGCACAGCGGGAGCAGAGCCUGGCCUGCAUGGAGACCCUGCUGCAGGCAACCGGCUUCCCCUACUACCUGGUGCACUUGGAGCAGGCGCUGGAGCUGCCCGCAUCCAUCCUGCGCCCUGGGCCGGUGACACCCAGUGAGCCCAGUGUGUCCUAUAAGGAGGCUGUGGAGGGUUUCAUCCAGCAGCAGCGGCAGAAGGGGUACGGGGACAAGGACAGUGGCACCUCGCCGCCUGGCCCUGGCAGUGGGGAGUCACCGGAGGGUCCCCCGGCUGCCCCCCGCCUGCCUGCUGCUGCCCUCACCCAGGAGCUGCUGAAAGUCUUUGAGGCUGUGCAGACACUGACAGCAAAAGAGGAGCUGCUGCAGAUGCUGCGGAUCCACCUCAUCCUGCAGACAGCCCGGACCAAGGGCUACACCAAGGUGAUGACCGGUGAGACCUGUACAUGUGUGGCCAUCAAGCUCCUCACCAACCUGGCGCUGGGUCGUGGUGCUUUCCUUGCCGUCGACACGGGCUUCAAGGACGACCGCCACGGUGAUGUGAUGGUGGUGCGUCCCCUGCGGGAGUACACGGCCAAGGAGAUUGCCUUCUACAACCACUUCUUCAAUGUCCCCACCGUCAUUGCACCGCCGCUCCCCACCAAGCGCCGGGAUAAGCCCAGCAUCCGCCAUGUGGUAGAGCACUUCCUCAUGGGGCUGCAGAAGGAUUUCCCCUCCACCAUCAGCACCGUCUACCGGACGGGUGAGAAGCUGAGCGCAGAUCUAGCCAAGCCGAGCUGCGAGUCCGAGCGCUGCCUGCUCUGCCUGUGUGCCCUGGACCUCGAUGGGGAGGAGGAGCUGGCCCUGGAGCCCACAUUGAUCAUAGAUGAGCCAGAGAUGGAGAGGAAUGGGUGCUGCCAGGACCCCCUGGCAGCAGGGGCUGAGCACAAAUCUGCCUACAUCCCGCUGCUGUGCUACGGCUGCCGCCUCACCUUCAAGGAGCUGGGUCCUGUCACCACGCUUCCGCCUUAUGUGCGUGCUGAAGCCCAGCGCAGGAUCCGCAGUGCCGAGAUGCAGCAGCAGAACCAGGAGGUUCCACCAGAGGACAAGGAGCUUGGCAAGAGCUGAAAGGGCUGGGGACAGUGGGGGACACAGCGCCAAAUCCCUCUGGGGCACCAGUGGGGCAGGGUGCCAGCCCCCCAGGGGUGCCCUGUAGGAUGGUGGGGAGCCCCUGGGCACCGCUGGCACCCAAGUAGUUGCUUUUAUACCUCAUUUUGGUUACACCUGAGGAGCAGGGAGAGCCCCCAGCCCCAUCUGGGGUAGGCAAGGGUGCUGGAACCCCC